AUGUCGGGAGCACAAACUCGAGCUCAAAACGCCGCUAACGGUCCGAACGAUCAAUCUCGCACCAUACAAGACCUCACCGCCCUCGUCCGAGAACAAAAUGAACAAAUCCAACGCCUUGUUAACCUCCAAAACCAGAACCCUCCACCUCCACCAACUCAAAAUACCGCACCCCAAGCCAUUUACGAAAGGUUUCUAAGAAUGCACCCCGCCGAAUUCCAUGGAGGCCCCGAUCCAACCAUAGCCGAAGAAUGGAUCAAAUCCCUCGAAGUCAUUUUCGACUACAUGGAAAUGUCCGAUCGAGAUCGAAUCCAUUGUUCUCUUUUCCUACUGAAGAACGAAGCCCGUCAUUGGUGGGAAGGUACCAAAGAAGGAAUCGACCUAACGAACACUACUUGGAGCGCUUUCAAAAUUUUGUUCUUCGAAAAGUACUUUUCCAAAAACCUCCGAGCUCAGAAGCUAAAGGAAUUUCUCGAGCUAAAGCAAGGCAACUUGUCCGUAGCCGAGUACGUAAGGCGAUUCGAACAAGGAUGUCUCUACGCCCCAUUCAUAUCCCGAGACGCCGACGAAAAGGCCAACCAUUUCCUUAGAGGCCUCAACCCGGUGAUUCAACGAGAUGUCCGCAUGUCUUCCGUAACGACUUUUCGGAAAAUAGUCGACAAAGCACUCGAAGCAGACCAAGCCGAGCAAGAGAUCCGUCAAUCUCGAUCCGUUCCACCCGCCACUACUCACAAAUGGAAGAGGCCCCACACCGGACCGAGCCAAAACAAGGGGAAACGUCCAAUGAUUCAAAACAAUGCUACACCACCAGCCCGACCGAUCUGCCCAAAAUGUCGGAAACCUCACUUUGGACCUUGCGUUCAAGGCACCAACAAUUGUUAUCGCUGUGGAAAACCAGGGCACUUGAUAAGGGAUUGCCCACAACCCCCACCGCCAAACCGAGCCCCCGGUCGAGUGUUCGCAAUGACCAAAGAUCAAGCCGAAGCCGACCCUUCGAUGAUAGCAGGUACAAUUUACGUUUGUAACAAUCUCGUUUAUGCUCUAGUUGAUUCCGGAUCGACUCACUCAUUCGUCUCGAGUACCCUCGCCGCCAAAUUCCCGAUAACCCCUACCACAUCUAGUGAAUUAUUCACAAUUCGCUUACCGUCCGGCAAUGACUUAGAAUCCGACCUAUUUUUCAAAGAUUGCCCAAUCCAAAUCCAAAAGAAGCCACUCAAUUCCGACCUCAUAAUUCUCCCUAUAGACCAUUUCGAAGUGAUUCUCGGAAUGGAUUGGUUGUCCAAAUUUAAAGCCCAAAUUAAUUGUGCGACCAAAACCGUCUAUCUUUCUUUACCUCACGGCCAAACAGUGGAAUUCCAAGGGUCUUAUUCGCCUUCACUCCAAAUCCUCUCCGCCGUCAAAACACUUAAGCUCGCCCGAAAGGGGCAUUGCUGUCAUUUGGUCGACAUAGUCGAAAUCUCCGACGAAAAUAAACCCGAGCCAUCCCAAGUACCAACCGUUUGUGAUUUUCCCGAUGUCUUUACCGAAGAUCUCCCCGGUCUUCCACCCGAUCGUGAAAUUGAAUUUGAGAUCAACCUAAUUCCCGGUGCAACUCCUAUUUCCAAAGCACCCUACCGCAUGGCCCCGUUAGAACUUAAAGAACUCAAGGACCAAAUUCAAGAGCUUAUCGAUAAGAAGUUUGUUCGCCCUAGCUUCUCUCCUUGGGGCGCUCCCGUCCUAUUCGUCAAAAAGAAAGACGGAACCCUCCGCCUAUGUAUCGACUACCGAGAGCUUAACAAAGUCACGAUAAAAAAUAAAUAUCCUCUACCGAGAAUCGACGAUCUUUUCGACCAACUCCAAGGCUCCACGGUGUACUCAAAGAUCGAUCUCCGCUCCGGAUAUCACCAAUUGAAAAUCAAGAAAGAAGAUAUCCCAAAAUCCGCUUUCCGAACUCGUUACGGCCAUUACGAGUUUGUAGUAAUGCCAUUCGGUCUAACCAACGCCCCGGCCGCUUUCAUGGAUUUAAUGAACCGAAUCUUCCGGAAGUACCUCGACCAAUUUGUGAUCGUGUUCAUCGACGACAUCUUAAUCUACUCCCAAAAUGAUGAAGAACACGAAGAACAUUUGAGAAUCGUGCUCCAAACCCUCCGAGAAAACCAACUUUACGCAAAAUUCUCCAAAUGUGAAUUUUGGUUACGCCAAGUCCACUUCCUUGGGCACGUGAUCUCGAAAGAUGGCGUAUAUUUCUGCUGCAAGAAAACUGUCUCCUUUUUUCCAACGGAGUUGGAGGAAUACAUAGCAAACUCAGAUUCUCCCACAGAAGACUUGGGGGUGUAUAUGUCAGGUAAUGAGUUUGAUCAAAACAAACAAAGAGAAGCAGGUAAUGAGUUUGAUGCUGUUGGCAGUUCAAAAACACAAUUGACCAAUCUGAACAGCAGAAUUGAGGGGCUUGAAUCUGAGAAAAGAUAUGAAGCAGAAUCUGCAAACUUUGAUUGA